AAUCACCACCCUGAGUUUCCUUAGCAGACUCACCUCCCAGCCUGUCUCAUUGGCUCCAUGCACCAGGUGAACCAAAAGAUUGCUGACAUAAAUCUGCAUACUGAGCUUCCAGCCAACAGCCUGGCAAUUGAGAGAUUUGAGUUGGAGAAGAAGGCUUUAAGAGAGAAAAGUCACAGCAGCCCAGGAGAAAAAGUAAAGAGACAACGAAAAUCUCAGUAUUCCUGCAAGGGCUCAGAACUCAGACGUGCCAGAUCUUUUGUUAUAAAAAGGGUAAGGGAUCUACUGCUGGGUCUGUUUCUGACUGUCAGCCAGUGGAAGGGGCGCUGGUCUCUCGACCUGGCAGUGGCGGCCCAGGUGUCAGAGUACCUGAUUCCCUUUGCUCCUGCUUUCCUCAGGGGAGAGGCAGUAGGAGAGACAAGUGCCCAGAGUAUCACGUUCCCUGCAGGACAGUGUACAAAGAUGCUCACCACAGUGUCCAUUGCAAUAUGUUUCUGUUCGGGUAGAGAAUUAGAGAAGUUUCUCUCUUCUCCUUCCGUAAGAGCCAUCUGGCUGGAUAGCUUUUGGUGGAUAUUUCAUGAGAGGUACCAGCCAAACAAGGAGCUCCAGAAUAAUCUGUUCGACCGGAUAGCCCAGCACUAUGCCUUACUUUUGUUUCAUGUACCCAAGUCCCACUAUGAAGAGGCACUCAUAAAAAGGCUGCCUUCACUUCUGAGCAAAGCCGUGUACACCAGCUUCUGUUGCUGUUUCCCACAGUCCUGGUUCAACACGCACGAAUUCAAGUCUGACAUCUGUAACACAAUGAGCCUGUGGAUUUCAGGCACCUAUCCUUGCCCACAGAGCUUUGACAGCUGGGACUACUCAGAACUAGACCCAGAGCGAUUCCGCAGAGAAGAGUUAAUGUCACAGAGAAGACUGAGAAAGGGAAGAGAGUUUUCUUUGUUUACUGGUAAGAGAGCCUUCUUCCAGAAGCCAGCCGAGAGCAGGAAAUUCUACCGCCCUCAGUCUUUUAGUGCAAAUUCACCCAAUGAAAAAACCUCUUCAGCCAAGCAGAACUCAGAAAAAAGUUCACAAAUACAGAACACUGCAAAAGAGCAUCAUUUUCAGACCCUGGUCUUGAAGAAACCCACAGAAGAAGCCAAGAGAAUAUCAGAAGCAAGAGAAUGUGAGAAUAUGUUUCCUAAAAAGUCUUGUGAUGCUGGCAGAAGUCCUGAGAUGACCUCAAACCUCUUCAACAUUUAUGGUAGGAGCCCUCUGAUUGUGUACUUUCUCCAUAACUAUGCCAGUCUGCAGCAACACGGCAAGGAUGUAUUGAUAGUCAGAAGGGAAAAGACCACAGGCACCCCCGAGUCCACCCUGACGUAUACUGACGUUAUCAAAGAGACCCUGUGCAGCAUGAAGAAGCGGAAAGACAACCUCAAUCAGUUGUACCAGCUUCACUGGAGUGAAUGGAAUUAUUUUGACAAGUACCUAAAGGAACUGCAAGACAACUUCUCCAGGGAAAUGAAGAAUAUUGAUCAAAAAGCAGCAGAUAAAAAAAAGGCAAACCACAUGUUCAUCCCACCUUCUGCCUUCAGUGAGGAAUCACCUGACAAGAAAACUAAGGGAAGUUUCCAAAGAGAAAUUGAGUUUAAGGAGGGGAAAGGAGGAGAGGGAAAGAGAAGAGAAACAGAAGUUGAACAUUUCUCUCUACUGGCUUCCAAGCCCCAAGGAAUGCCACAACCUGGAACUAGGUUCCAGAACUACAGAAUCCAGUUCCUAGAACCACAGAAUCCAUGAUCUUUCUGCUACCAAAUGGAGCAGAACAACAAGAAAAAAAGAAAAUUGUGGCCAAAGAUUCAGAAAUAGGAAUCACAAUUUCACAAUAAGAGAA